UUAUUAAUCACUUUUCUAUCUGCCGCAUUUGCAUAAUAAUUAGUCAUCUCACUGUUUGGCAUGCCUGUGAAUGACAGUGUUUUAAAUUGAAUUAAGAUUUUAAUAUUCUAUUUUCCUGCUUUCUUCCCCUCUCACACGCUAAUCAAAGUCAGAUUUGGCAGCAGGAGGGAGGGUGGGGAGGAGGCUGGCAUGCACUGGACUUGGCCUGCUCCUCGCUCUGGAGAACUGAGCUGGGCGGAGGGGCAGGUCUGGAGAAGGCAACGGCAGCCGGCACCCCAAACCUGGUGCCCAAGCCGUGCCUAAUGCAGUAGAGGGAGGCAAUGAGUGAGGAGUGGGCAAUGGGCAGUGGGGAAGGAGGGCAUCAGACUCCCUCCGUGGCACCAGAGAGCAAGAAAAGCACUUUCAUUUUCUGUCCAAACAGGCUACUCUUUGCAAGGGAAGUUGGAAAGCACAUUAUAGGCCGGUAAUUGAUCCCUGGUUACUAGUCUAGGCUAACUUUGAUGGCUCAGGGUCCCCCAGGUAGAAAAGCAGCUGGAAAAGUCCAAAACCCAUUGCCAUUCUUUGGACGGACUGAGAAAACAAAUCUCUGCAGCUGAGUGGGGCUCCCCUCCCCCACUCUAGAGCUACCUGCUCUCCACACACCAGCAGACCCUCUGCCCAGGCUGGGUGCUUCCCAGAAGCAUGCCAGAGAGGGUGGGGUUCCAGGCAAUAGGCUGGGGCACACUGGCCUCAGUCAGGAGCAGGGGUGGGUUCUCCUCUCUUACACCCCCAGGAAUCAGGUUCCAGCCCCACCUCCUCACCACUAGGCUUGCCUCUCGUGUUGCCAUGGUAAUCCCUGUGGCUGCCGUGGAUACCCACUGCUGCUCCAGAAUUCUCUGCUUAGGCAGGGCAGCUCUGCCCACAGCCUACUUAGAAUACCUCCCCUUUUACCAUCACUGAGGCCAAAGGGUGGGGAGCUAGGGUAUGGUCACCAACACAUGGUCUGCAAAGUCAGAUACCGCCUUUCCCUUAAGGACUCCACAGCUGGUCUGCAUUCUCCACCUGCAAGUUGGGCAGAGAAGAUUCGAGGUUGUGACAGAGUGUCAGCUACUGGGCAAAUCCACACAGCCAACAGGAUGCAGGUCAACCUUCUGUCUCAGGACAACUGGAAACACAGACACAACUGUACCAAGCCCGGGGGUAAGGCACCUCCCUAUCCAGCAUUCGGCCCAUCAAUCGACACCCCCUCUCCUGGGGACAGAAGACCCGGCCCACUUGACCACCCUUCGUCAAAUAGCACAGCCUUCAAUCCCACCCAGCAAGACAUGCUGGCUCUCCAAACCCAGCCAGGGAACAGCCGUCCUGGUGUUCAGGAGUCAGAAGCCGCGGAGGAAAUAGCCCCAGAAGAUAUUAAAUACCGCCUGCAGCCCCUUCCCAAGGCUCCGCUGCAGCUGCAAUCCCCAAGCUACUCCAGCCAGCACAGCAGGCCUCAGUGGCUCCCCUUCAGUACCACCUGUGGAGAAUGUUACAAGCCCGGGAGGACCCAGCCUGUGACGGACCACGAGGAGAAGCCCUCCCAUUCAGGUGACGACUAUGUGACCCCUACUCAUCAGAUCUCCUUGCAGAGCCCUCUUCUCGGUCACUCCAUGUUCCCAGUUCACAUUCAGGGCAGAAAAAUAGCACCGAUAGUGCGUCCAGGCUUCACGGAGCACAUCAGCCAAUACCAGAGUGACUUCCAAGCCUCAGGGUGGAAUCAAGUCCUCAAAACUGACCCAGACAAACGUAGCCAGGGGAUCAACAAAUAUAUCCAGACUGUGCAGAAAGACGCUGCCUCUGGCUGGCAGCCUACUAUGCAGCGGCAUCCAAAGCGGAGAUGGCUGAAGCAGGAGAUGACCAUCUUCGGUAGGAAGAGCAUCGUCAAGUUUGAUGGAGACACAGUGACCCAGGACUGCAGAACUCAGCCCCAAGAAUGCGAUGGACACCCUCACCACAGAGGCUAUGAGCAGCCCCUGAGAGUGGGUUCACAGGCACCAACUCAGGAUCAAACUACCACCAGGACCUCCUACAUGCCCUUGUUUUCUGAAAGGUUGAACCUCUGUAAGCCCAAGGUCAACAGCAUCAAACGGGAGCCAAACACAAUUUCUCUACUGAGCGAAGGAAAACAUUCAGACCAGUCCAGCUGCCUGAAAGCCGCUUCCAGAAAUACUUCUGACAACAAGACUCAAAAUUCCAAAAGAGGUAAUAAUCAAGAGAAAGAAACCGCCCAAAUAACCUAUGCAAAAAUGCAUGGUUGGGGACCCACAUCCUCCUAACCUUAAAACCGAGGUCCCACCAUAACUAUCUCACAGGGUGGACUCAGCUUUGCCACUGGGAUUUCCUAGCCACAGCCUGACCCUAAUCCAGCUCUCUGAAACUAACUGAGCCAGCGUCAGUAACAUCUUUAGAAAGGACGGAGGCACUGUGAGUCGUAGAAGGUCAGUGUGUUCCAGGAUUCCCGAGGGGAAAACAGGUCAGACUAUUUCCCCCAAAUGAAUGAACGACAAAGCAUCAAAACUUUUCUCAACUCAGUACCAUCAAUUAAUUACAUUCUAUUUGAGCUACA